AUGUCGGCCGUGCUCGUCCAGCGCGCUGGGUUCCCCGUCUGCUUCAUGAGCGGCUUCGCCGUCAGCGCCUCGCAGUUGGCUUUGCCAGAUGCCGGGCUCAUCUCGUUCGGGGAGCAGCUGCAGGUGGGGCGGAACAUCUGCGAGGCCACCCGCGGCCGGUUGUUGGUGAUCGGCGACGGGGACACGGGCUUCGGCGGCAGCGGCAACGUGAGGCGCACCAUGCGCAGCUACGCGGCCGCCGGCUUCGCGGGCAUCACCAUCGAGGACCAGGUGUACCCGAAGCGGUGCUCCUACGCGCGCGGGCUCGCGGUGGAGGGCCGCGAGGCAGCGGUCGCCCGCGUGCGGGCCGCUGUGGCCAGCCGGGACGAGAUGCGGACGGAGGGCCUGGAUCUGGUGCUGGUCGCGCGCACGGACUGCCGCAACGCUUCCGCGGGCGGAGGCCUGCAGGAGGCGAUCGAGCGGUGCAGGGCAUUUGCCGCCCUGGGCGCCGACGUGGUGUACGCCGAGGGCCUGGCCGGCGCAGGCGAGCUGCGGCAGCUGAGCACGGCGCUCCCGGACACGCCCACCAUGCUGGCACAGGUCGAGCGCCCGGGCGUCCCCCUCAUCGGCGCCGCGGAGGCGGGGGCGCUCGGCUUCUCCCUGAGCCUGCUGGGCGUCACGGUCUUCAACUGCGCGCUGCACGCCAUGAGGCAGGCGCUGAGGGAGAUGGCCGCCGGGGGGCACCCGCCCAGCUCGAGCCGCAUGCCGUUCGAGGAGCUCUACAGGGAGGUGGGCUUCGACGAGCACUACUCCUGGGAGGCCCGCUUCGAGGGCAGCGCCAGCUCUGGCGCCGCCCCUGCCGCCAGCGGCGCCCAGCCAGCUGGAGGAGGCAGCUGGGGUGCACUCCCGCCGGAGGAGAAGCGGAGCCUGCAGGCGAAGCUCGACAGGAUGGGCAGCGAGCAGCUAGACAGGGUCCUCGAAUUCCUAGGGCCAGACGUGGGUGACGGGGAGGAUGAGGGCGAGGUGGACCUAGACGUCGACCGACUGGCGCCCGACCGGCAGCUUGCCUUGGUCCGACAGGCUUGCGCCAGUCCGCCCCUGCCACCAGCACAGCGUUUACGUGGUGAUGUGCGGGAGAGGGCGUGGAUGACGUCCUCCCGCGGCCGCUGCUCCGGCAAGAACCUCGCGCCCGACAGCGCGCGUGGCCACCAAGGCCUCCAAGGCUCGAACACCCACGUGGGCGCGACGGUUGCAGGCAUGGGCGCCGGCGCAGCGCUCGAGCUCAGAGCGAGUCUGGCCAUCCAGACCGUUGAAGCCUUCGCGAAGGACGCUGAGGCCACAGCGAUCGGAGCGGGCGGCUCCCUCGCGCUCGUCGUCUUUGGCGCUGCUGACCUCACAGUCGCGGUGUGGGCGGUGGUCGAGGUGGCCGCCGUCGCCGUGGAGGACGAGGCGCUCGCCGACGAGCGCGUGCUGCUGGACUGCGGGGUCAAGGACUCCGACGCCUUAGACUUCGUGAUCCAGGCCUGGCGCCGGCUGGGGCGAUCUCCAGCAGCCAGCGCCGUGGCCGUGGCCAAGAAGGCCAGCGCGUCAGCCCAGGAGUUGUCCGACUUCCAGACCGACCCCCCAGCUCAGCCAGCCGCCGCGCUACGCGCGCAGGGGGAUAUCUCGACCGCCGCGCUGCUCCGCGCGGAAGUGGGGCUGAUGUGCGGCCGCGGCGUCGUGGCCGCCAUCAGUUGCGUCUUCGCGACUAGCGCGUUCAAAUUCAUGGUAUUGGUUAUUGCUCUGCUGGCCGUCGUUGGCAUCCACCCGCGCCGCGUCAUCUUUGGCCCCGAGAAUCUGGGCCCCGAAAUGUCCGGCACCGCGAUCGUGAAUCUCUCGGAUCUCACAGCAGCUGCGACAGAGGAGCCCGGUGGCCCCGCGCUGCGCCGAGACGGUCGCGAAGCAGGAACUCGAGAUGCUGGGGCAGAGAGCGCGCAGAUGGUCGCGAAUCGCGAAGCGUUCGCUGCCGGCCAGAACGCGGCUGUCAAGGUCAUCGCGGGCGCCGCGAGGAUUUCGGAGGACGCCGCCUCCGCGGCCGCGUCGCAGAGCUACAGCUUCGCGCGACUCUCAAGUUGCAUCUCGCAGGCGCGGACGUCCGUGGACAUGGGGGAACUGGAAGCCAGCGCCUUGGCGCGGCAGCUCGCCAGAAGACGUCGUCCCUGUGAUAUGGCGCCGGCCGCGUCGCGCGUGCAGGCGGCGUUGCACCUCGGUGCUGCUGCCGACGAGAACCCUCUCGUGAAGGCACUCGACAGGCGCUGCGCGCAAGUUCCCGGCGCGCGCGGCGAAGGCGCCUCGGCGCCGCUCGCGCUGCGACGUUUGUCGCGGUGGCCUGCGCGCUGCGCUGCCGACGCGGGGGCGGCUGCGAGCGGCCGGGGGGGCGCCUGCGACGCCGCGCUGCUGUUGGCCGCGUCCAGGCUAGCGGCUACGCCAGCAGUGUGCAAGAUGCAGAGCCAGGGGGCGUGCCUGGCUGGCAGGUUCGACCAGCGCCGCGGCGCGCGCGCGCCAGGUGGGGUGCCCUGGCAGUGCCCCGCGCCAGGCCGUGAAAAACCGAGCCAGGGUGACGUCGCAGUCCUGGAGCUGACGCCGGAGCGCGUGCGGGCGGUGCUGGCGCUGCACAGGGACAUGCCGGCCAUGUCCCCUGCGCUGGAGUCGUCUGUGGGCCAGCAGUGCCUGCGCGUGGCGCUCUCGUACCCUGGCUGGCUGAUGCCCGCCGCGUGGCAGAGCAUGCCCCACGGCCCCCAGUCGAGCCACGGCUCCGUGCCGGCACCCUCGGGCACGGGUGAGGCGCAGGAUGCGCGCCUGCUCCCGCUGGCGUGCGACCAGCAGGCCUUCUCCCGUUUCGCCUCGGCCAGUGCUGAUGGCGACGUGGUGCAGCAGGUGAAGACCUCGGGGGCCAAGGCGGUGAGGGACUACCUAGCCGCCGAGGGCUCCGCGGGGGACAGCCGCCUCGAGGGCCUUGCGCUCAACUGGGGGGAGGACGACCAGCUGCUUCUUGGC